UAAAGAUCCCGUUACCGAUUACACUAGAUAGAAAUAAUGGAAACUUCAAGGAUAUUGAAAUAGAAAGUAAAAGCACGUACGAUAUCUGGUGGAGAAUAGGUUCUAAAGUUUAAUUCCUUUACAAUAACAUUUUCCACAACAAAAAUCGUCAGAAAUGUUUCAAGAUGUCUCACUACAAUUUACGUUCUCGCCUAUCAGCCACUCUACCGCCACAGUUGACGCCGCCAACAUCCCCACCUGACGAGUCGACAGUUCCGGAGCAACCACUUCACCCAUCAACUACCAUAUCAAAACAAGACACUCCAAAAUCAUCAAGCAGACGCCUUCCGCACCUGGCCACCCUCCAACAGACGGGGAACGACCGGCGAGAAACUCCCAUACCGCACAGACUUCAGACCCAAGAGGCGCACACGACAAUACAUCAUUCAUAUAAAUAUAGUGUGUAUUUCAUAAUUGUGUUCUUAAAUUUGUAUUUUCAUUGAUACUCUAUUGUAUAUAUAAUAUCAUUUUAUCGUUACAUUUUUGGUUCCCUAUUGUCAAUUUUACAUUUCAUUAAUUUCAUAAAAUGGAUAUUGUUAUUAACAUUUCAUUUUUUAUAUUGUUCUCUAAUUAUUUCAAGUUAUUAUUUAAAUACAAUGGCAACUCUUCUAGUAAUUUAUACAUUUCCCUCCCUUUAGAUCACCAUCAACUGCAUCACAUAAAAUACUUUUUAAAUACUUUUCCCAAAUUAAGAAAAAUCCAUAGACGCACUAAAAAAUUACUAUUUACCCACAUGUUAAAUAAUCCUAACAUUUCAUUUUCAAGCUUAAUUUUUGCUAUAGACUACUUCGACAUAAAUAUACUCUAUCUUCAAAUGCUCGACCAUCUACUUUAUGAAAUCCACCCCCUAAAUUUUCAAAUCUGCCAAACAAUUAUUUUAAGGUUCGGUUCAAAAUCCCAAAUAUCCAUAAUAGCCCACAAAAGAUUUCUUCAAUCAAAAUUUCUACCUCCCUCCUUAUCCAAUUUUUCCAUUACAGACAUCUUAAAUGCAGAUCUUAAACAAAUCAAUAACUUAAUGACUCAACAUUUUCGCCUUUACAAACAAUCCCUUAAAUGCCAAUCGAUCCCUAUCGAUUUUGACAACACAUAUUGUCGAGUUUGUCAUGCUUCGCUGAAACAUUGUCGUCCAAAAUUCAAAAAACUUGAUCCUCUUGUUCAUUUAUUCUUAAGUCGAACCCCUUGUUGCCAUACACCCCAUCAUAUCUUCUGCUCCUAUGACACUAUACAAAACGGAUUCAAAAUUUGUAAAUUAUGUCUUCAUACUGUAAAAUGUUUCAACUGGAAACUAAUAAAACAGUAUAUGUUGGAACCCAAAUGAACAUACUAAACAUAAAAAUGUAUAACUAAAUGUGACUAUUAAAGUCACCUAUGCUAAACAUUAACUUACAAACUUUUCAAUUGUAUAAAUAAUACUUGAUAAUUCUUUUGUUUUCCAACAAAUACUAACAUGUAUAUAGACUGCUUUGUCAUUAUUGUGCAUUUCAAUUACGUUGUACUUGAUCUUUGUCUUAUUGAUGUUUCAAAUAAUGAUCUAAGUAUUAAUUCUCUAAUAUAGUUUAUUUGAAACCCUGUUUAUAUUUGUUGUUUUGUUAUAGACACUUCAGGCGGAGUGUAUAUUUAAAGUUGUUGUAUUUUCAUUUACGA